CCGCCCCGCCCCACUCCGCCCGGCCCUGCCGCUCCGCAGCCGGCAGCAUCGCGGCGGGACUGCCCGGGGAUGCAGCCGCGCUAAGAACAAAAGCCCCUCUGCCACGGUCACGCUCCGGGGCUCUAAAGCGGCCCGGCCAAACUUGGAUCUCUGUCUCUCUCCGCCGAAGCCGCGGCGGCGUCCGGAUUGAACUCCCCGGAGCCUUCGGCAGCGCCCGAGAGCCGCGGUUCCCCAGCCCCGCUGCGCGCCGUCCCGCCGGGGCUGCCCGGGGAGGGACGGAGGGAAGGAGGGAGCCGCGCCCCGGACCCGGCACCUCCGCCGCAGAGGGACCCCGGCCGCCUCCUCUCUGCGGGACCUUGGCUUUGCCCUUCGCACGGCAGGUGGCGGGGCCAGCGGAGAAGGAUGCGUUUCUUCCCGUGGGGAUUUUGGCUGCUGUGUGUCGCCUCCGCCCCGGCUCGCGGUGACAGCGGCGGCAAGGCUAGGAGCUGCGCCGAGGUCCGGCAGCUGUAUGGGGCCAAGGGCUUCAGCCUCAGCGGCGUGCCCCAGGCCGAGAUCUCCGGGGAGCACCUGCGAAUCUGCCCACAAGGGUAUACCUGCUGCACCAGUGAGAUGGAGGAGAACUUUGCAAACAAAAGCCGAAGUGAAUUUGAAGCCAUGAUGAAAGAGGCUGGUCGCUCUGUGCAGAUGACCCUGACAGCGCAGCACAGAAGCUUUGACAGUUAUUUCCAGGAUUUGCUGAACAAGUCAGAAAAGGCCCUUUAUGAUGCUUUUCCAAGCCUGUAUGGAGAAUUGUACACUCAAAACGUGAAGGUCUUCAAGGACUUGUACAGUGAGCUACGCCGCUAUUACCGGGGCUCCAACAUUAACUUGGAAGAGGCCCUCAAUGAGUUCUGGACACGCUUGCUGGAACGACUCUUCAAGCUGAUGAAUCCCCAGUACCAUAUAACAGAUGAAUAUCUGGACUGCAUGGUGAAACAUGCAGAGCAGCACAAACCCUUUGGGGAAGUUCCCAGGGACCUGAAGGUGAAGGCAACCCGAGCUUUCAUUGCAGCACGCUCCUAUGCACAGGGCUUUCUUGUGGGCAGUGACGUGGUCAAAAAGGUGUCUCAGGUAUCUCUCAGCCACGAGUGCACUCGCGCCAUCAUGAAGUUGAUGUACUGCCCACACUGCAGGGGCAUGUCCAGUGUGAAGCCAUGCAACAACUACUGCCUGAACGUCGUGAAGGGCUGCCUGGCCAACCAAGCAGACCUGAACACCGAGUGGAAGUACCUGAUGGAUUCCCUGAUCAUAGUGGCUGAUCGAAUCGACGGACCAUACAAUGUGGACACUGUAAUAGGGACCAUUCACAUGAGGAUCUCUGAAGCUAUUUCUAACUUGCAAGAAAACAAAGAUUCAGUCACAGCCAAGGUUUUCCAAGGCUGUGGAAAUCCCAAAAUCAGCACAAAAGGCUCUAGCAGUGAGGACAAGAGAAGGUGGGGGAAAGUCGCAUUGGAAGCAAAGUCCUCUGCACAAGCACUGGAGAUGCUGGUUUUAGAUGCCAAAGGGAAUCUGACAGCUCUCAAGACUUACUGGAUCACCCUGCCUGGCAACCUGUGCAGCAAAAAAAUAAUGGCCAGCUCAGUGGCGGAUGACAGAUGUUGGAAUGGGAUGACCAAGGGCAGUUACCUGCCUGAAGUGAUGGGGGAUGGCUUAGCUAAUCAGAUUAACAACCCGGAGGUAGAGGUGGACAUCACCAAGCCAGAUAUGACCAUUCGCCAGCAAAUCAUGCAGCUAAAGAUCAUGACAAACCGGCUGGGCAACGCUAACAUUGGGAAUGAUGUGGAUUUCCAAGACGCAAGUGAUGACAUGAGCGGCUCUGGGAGUGGUGACAGUUGUCCCGACGAUGUCUGUGGCAAAAGACUCUCUAAGAGCCCCAGCACCAGGCAGCCAGAAACACACGCUAUUCCUAAGCAGUCUGGACAUGGCAUCAAUGGGGCCAGCAGCAGAUCUUUGCCUUCUGCCUUCCUUCUCUUCCUUUCGGUGGCUUUUCUUGCCGUGCAGCACUUGUGGCGGUAACUCACUAGCACAGCCAGGAAAGAGACUGCGGCCGAGGGCUUCACUUCGCCAAAACCAACCAACCAACAACCAAAGGACGUAUUUAACUCACCUUGGCAAAAAAA